AUGAGACUCACCACAAUCCUCUCCAUCCUGGGGGCUCUCCCCCAGUUGAUCCUUGCUGCUCCAGGUGCAGUCGCCAACCAGGCCAGGCAGUCCUCCUCGGACCGUCUUGUCUUUGCUCACUUUAUGAUUGGGAUUACCAGCAAUCGCAACUCAGCGGCUGACUACAACGAUGACAUGAAACGUGCCAAAUCUCUCGGGAUCGACGCCUACGCACUCAACAUCGGCGUCGACCCCUAUACCGAACGGCAACUGGACCUUGCUUAUGAGUCUGCCGCCAACAAUGAUAUGAAGGUAUUCAUAUCCUUCGAUUUCAAUUGGUACAGCACCGGCCAAGGCACCCAGGUCGGUCAGAUGAUCGCCAAGUAUGCAAGCCGCCCAGCCCAGCUCUUUGUCGAUGGCAAGGCUUUCGUCUCCUCAUUCGCGGGUGACGGCCUUGACAUCAAGGCCAUGCGCCAGGCCGCUGGACGGGAGAUCUAUUGGGGUCCCAAUUAUCACCCCGAGUACGGCACCAACCUGGACGGCGUCGAUGGUUUGCUUAACUGGAUGGCCUGGCCCAACGACGGCAACAACAAGGCGCCCCGCCCUGGAGCUUCGAUCUCUGUCGAGCAAGGCGAUGAGAUGUAUAUCAAGACUGGAAAGGACUACAUUGCUCCUGUUUCUCCCUGGUUCUUCACCCACUUUGGCCCCGAGGUCCCGUACAGCAAGAACUGGGUCUUUCCCGGAGACCUGUUGUGGUAUGAGCGCUGGCAGCAUGUGCUGACUAUGAAACCCCGCUUCAUCGAAAUUGUUACCUGGAAUGACUACGGCGAGUCGCACUAUAUUGGCCCACUGAGCUCUCCACACACCGAUGACGGCGCAUCCAAGUGGUGCAAUGACAUGCCACACGACGGCUGGAUGGACAUGUCCAAGCCAUGGAUCGCCGCCUACAAGGACGGCGCUGAGUCGGUCGACAGCUACAUCACCGAGGAUCUGCUCGUGUACUGGUACCGCCCAGCCCCUCGCGACGUCAAUUGCGACUCCACAGAUACCUGCAUGGUGCCCGCCAACAACGGCAGUGGAAACUACUUCAACGGCCGCCCCAAUGGCUGGGAGACGAUGGAAGACGCAGUCUUCGUUGUCACGACCCUGACUGAGCCCGCCACCGUGACUGUCAACUCUGGAGGCAAUGUCGAGGUCUUCGAUGCUCCGGCCGGCGCCAGCGCUUUCAAGGUUCCUAUGGGCGUGGGAUCGCAGGCUUUCUCGCUCAGUCGCAAUGGGCAGGUCUUCCAGUCAGAUAUCAGUCUGCUGCCUAUUAUCAAUGGCUGCCCUUGUGGGCUGUACAAUUUCAAUCCUUACGUCGGAUCUCUGCCCCCAGCUCCCACUAUCGACUCUCUCCAGUCCGCCGGCCUGAACAGUCUUACUCAAGGUCUGCACGUCCAAACCUGCGCGCCGACACCGUCGCUCGGAAAGGUGGUCCCGACAGCGCCCCCAGGCUGGGGAUCCGCCCCCACAACCACUCGGACCUCCACGCGGACCUCAUCCACAGCCGGCACAACCGGCACCACCACCCGGACAACCAUAACAAGCACCCGCACCACAACCAGCAUCACCAGCACGCGGACCUCAACAUCCACCAGCACAACCAGCCGAACAAGCACAACCAGCACGCGCACAAGCACCAGCACCAGCACCAGCACCCGCACAAGCACGACAACAACAACCCAACCCACCGGCACCACCUGCGUCGCCGGCACCGGACCCGGCAACUACGUGGGCCUGUGCAGCUUCUGCUGCAACUACGGGUACUGUCCGCCGGGCCCAUGCACCUGCACAAGGACUGGCGCGCCUGUGCCGACUCCCCCGACGACCGGUGUGAGGGGUGUGCCGCUGCCGUGGCUGGAGAACUAUAACUCGUAUCUGGGACUGUGCAGCUUCGCUUGUGACCAUGGGUACUGUCCGAAUACGGCUUGCAUGGUUGCUUAG